AUCAUUCUUGGAAAUUAGAAAAUGUGUUCUGAGUUAACAAAAUCAUUUGUCAGGGAUUCAAAACAGAACCCGUUACCACCAUGUGUACAGUAAAAUGGCUAAAAGACACACAGAGGGGCUUAUUAGGUUCCAGCAGUAGCAAAGGCCAGUCUACAUGUACAUGGUCUACACAGCCUUGUACUCAAAUACUAGAUUACAUGUACCUGCUUUGAGGUAGUCCAGUAGACUGGCCCCGAGUAGUAUGGGGCUAGUAAGACUUGUUGUAGGAUGUAAUUUGAAAGAAGGAUAAUGAUUGGGCCUAGGAUCAAAGAUGUCUCCAUCAGACUAUGCAUAGAGCAAGGAAAUACUUUACCAAUCUGAACUCAGCUGUCAGCUCAGACUCAGCUGCAUCUACCCAUGCUUUGCUAGCCUAGGGCUUCCCCGGGUUACCCCAGCUAUAUCUUGACCAUGUUCUGGCUGUUGGUUGUCAUGGAGUGCCCCCAAACUUAGGAAUUGCAAAGAUUUUAUGUCAUACACUUAUGCCGAGAAUGGAAAUCUUUGAACCAAAACUACAAGACGUGCAACAACUGGACGUAAGCUGUAGAUUUCUGUGUUCCGAGUAGAGACAAUACAGCAACAAUGGACUUGGACAAGUUUAACGUUUGGCAAGACCAGCUGGUUAAGACAUUUAAGGAUGAGUUGGAUGAUGAGCAGCGAUGUGCCACCUUGGACCGUCUGAUCUCUUCCUGCGGGGCAAAGCAGCUUGGUCACCUCUCCACCAAGCUGGAGGGACUGGUCAAGCGGGACUUCCUUCACCUGCUCCCGGUUGAGCUGGGCAACUACCUCCUGGCCUGGCUGGACGCCGAGACACUCUGUCGCUGCUGCCUGGUCAACCGGCACUGGAACAAGAUGGUGAACAGCUGCGCCGCGGCCUGGCAGAAUGCCUGCUGCCGGCUGGGACUGAACCCCGCCGAACAGGAGCGAUACUUUGACCAGAACGGGGUGGACUGGAAAGCUGCAUACAGGGACUUUGCAUUACGCCUCAGGCAGCUGAAGGAAGGGUGUGCAUUUGACAGUUUGACCUUGCAGGGCCACAGUGCCAGGGUUUAUGCCCUCCAUUAUCGGGAUGGUAAACUGGCUUCAGGUUCGGAUGAUCUUACCGUCCGACUGUGGGAAGUUACCACGGGCCAGUGCCUCAAGGUGCUCCAGACACACACCUGCGCCGACAUCAAGUUUGACGAUAAUAAACUCAUCACGGCGUCCUUUGACAACACCAUUGCAUGCUGGGACUGGGAGGCGGGAACCAGGCUUCAGCGGUUCUCUGGCCAUUGUGGCGCAGUUUUCAGCGUUGACUACAGCGACCAGUUGGAUCUGUUGGUCAGUGGUUCGGCCGAUGCCACAGUCAAGUUGUGGUGUCUGAGUGACGGAGCUCUCCUCAACACUUUGCAUGGACACAAUGACUGGGUCACUCAAGUGAUUUUACGUGAGGCCUGCAUAGAAUCUGACACAUUCUCUUCUGGUGAGCCAGUACUACUGACCAUGGACAAGAAUGAAAUAAAGGUUUGGAGUCUUAAGCACAGUGCUGAGUCGCAGUGCGUCAAGACUCUCACCUCGCCCAGCAACACCACUCUCCACUCUCAGACGUUUCUGCCCCGCCUGCAGUUGGAUGGCACCCACAUUGCCUGUGCCUCCGACAUCGGCAUCAUAGUCUGGAGAUUCCAGAAUUUUGAAUUAAAAAAGCUGAUCCCCUACACCGACUCCAGCAACCUUAUUUUGCUGGGUCUUGGCACAUCUUUCACCCUUCUACUGGACCAUCAGUACCUACGGCUCCUCAACACCCAAACCCACGAGGCUGUGUCAUCUUGGCGCCUCCCAGCUUAUCGGCGAUCCAAGAGGGGCUCCAACUUUGUGGCUGGGGCAGUGCGCUGGCUGGACGGCCUGGGGCUGGAAGCGGAGGUGGGGCUGGUGUUUGCAACCAGCAUGUCUGACCACAGCUUGCACGUGGUGCGCUGGCGUCAGAGGGCGGCGUGCAAGCAGGACAGGUGACAGUGCAUCAUCAGAGCAACGGAGAGACGAAAGCCCUCGGCCCCGUGAAUAGGGUUGCCUGUUGCCAGAGAAACCAACAUCACUUCAGUUUUUUUUUGAGAUUGCUGCAAACUGUAUUUGAUGUGGCCGUGCCAGCCUGAUCAAGACAGGCGAGAUACAUGCUGGAUGAGUUAGAAGUAUGUGGCUUAUUUUACAGUGCAACUCUUUGACAACUUACCGUAGAGAGUUAAGCCACUCAGCGUGAAACUAGCCGUUCAGUCAGAACUUCAAGUGGAUACUUUCAAAACGUGCUUCAGAGCCAAGGCUGGGAAAAUAAUCUAUGGUACAGUUCCGUAAGAUGUGCUAAACCUCAGAAAAUCCCCCUCAUGUCUGAAAUGCUAUUUGCCAAGUUAUGUAACAUGUUAAAAAAUAAGAACAACAUAUUUAACCACUCCAAAUUUCCCAGGGUACCAAUAUUUAUUCAAAUUAACUUUCAAGCAUGUGACAUACUUUUUAAAAGAUGUGCUGCUUUACGCAGUCAACCGAACUUUUCUUCAGAUCACCAGAUUUCCUCAUUUUUAACUUUGUCAGGUGAGAGUUUCUUUAAGUUGGUGCUCGGAUUUACCAAUCUUCCCGAUUCAGAACUGGAAAAAAAAUCUCGGAUCUGCCGACCAACCACAAAUUUUUUUUCCUUGUGGAAAAUGUAUACACUGUAGUUUGUAUUCUUCCCUCCAACUUGAAGGCCCUUAUUUGCUUUUUUGAGACCAUAGGAAGUGAUUUUUUUUCUGUCCUCCAAUGUUU